CUCAUGUACAUAAAUCGUCAGAUCAUCACAUCGUUGAAAUGAAAAGAGUCUCAGAUUGAAAGACCACCUGUUCGGCUGUAUAUGAAGUAAAACAAAACAUUGCGUUCACUAAGUAUUGAUCAUAAAUCUGCAGUACUGAACAGCUGAAACUCAUCUGAAACAGAUAAGAGAAAUCAGCAUCACUACAGGCUGUGAAAUCUAUUACAAAGAUGAAAUUGACAUCAGAAAAUAGUUUGAAUGGAAGAAUUAAGUAAGGAUGUACAGUUUUAAUCAAUUAAGAUAUUACACAGAUGUGCAAGAACAUAGAUAACAGUAUGUUGAAAUAAAGAAUUGGUUUGAAAUAGGUAACCAUCACAGGCUCGAUCACAGGUGGACAAUAUAACACAACAAUGGAUUUAUGAUAUUUGUUUGUUAGUUGACCUACAAGUGUAUUCUGUUGGCCCUAAGUAAACAGAUUUCAAUGUAUGAUGGAGUACUAGUUUAUCUUAUAGAACAGAGGAAUAUUGUCCCAUGCAGAAAGAUAUAUUUAAAUAGUGUAAAUGAGAGAAGUACAAGUUUUAUCUUGAAUGACAAUCGGUGACAGGAAGUUGACAAAUAAUAGAUACCAAGGUUGCUUAGAACAGAUGAAGUUUAAAGCUAAAGGCAUUUGGUGAAACAGAAAUAAAAUGUGUUUUUAAUGAUAAGGAAAAAGACAUCUUUGCCAGAAUAUAAAAGAUGGUAGCAGGUUACAAGGAGGGCUAAAUAUAACACAUUAAACCUAUACGAAGUCAGUUUUUCGGAGCUAUUAAGUGAUUUUCGAUAUAUUCAUGAGUGGAUUACUAAACUGUUGGAUUGGAAACAAUUUGCAACAAAAAUAAAUAUUUUUUUGCAAUUUAUGGUUAAUUCAGCGUGAAUUGUGACCUAUUUGCUUUGAAAUAUUGGAUACAUGUUAUUCAUAAAUUAUUGACAAGAAUGUUAAAAUUUUUAAAGUACCGUACAUUAAAUGUAUCUUGAGGAUAUAUAACCAAUACGAAGAACAAAAAAGUUAACGGAAAAUUAUUGCUGACAUAGUUAUGAAAAGGAUUUACAAUUGAAUGGUGGAAAAUUAACUUCAGGAAAGUUUUUUAACAAAUUUUAAUUAAAAAGUUUACUUUAUGUGUUACAUAUGUUAACAUAGCCAAAGGCCUAUUUGGUGUUUAGUUCAGUGAAGAAAUAUCUUUGGAAUACAUUUUGCUAAUUUGAGUAUACCUGGUUGUAGGUAAUAAGCAGACGUAACAUUUUUAUAAUUUGCAGACGUCAUGAUUUAAUUGGAUAAAAAUGGAUGAAUUCAGAUCAAGAUCACCAGACUGAUAUUGUUAAUUGUUAUCUGAUAAAAAGUUGAUCACAAUGGCUAGCAAAGUAAGCUCAGGGCAAUCUGAGAUCUAUCGUUCACGAAUGUUGCCAGUUGUUUCCUCGUCUGCACAUAGCUCUUUGCCUAGGGAUGGUCGUAAAGAGGCUCAAAAAACAAGAUCAGGAUCAGUUGUCACUGGGCGUAGUAAAACUCAAGCACAUGGAUUUAAACCAUUGUUUCCACCAGAUGCUAAUAAUUUUGUGUCAAAAAUAGUGGAUAGAAAUUCUCAGGACUUUAAGGAUACAAAAGAUCCAAAGCCACGUAUCAUCACACCUGUUUCUUCUGUUGCACGACUUUCAUCUUAUUUAAAGGACACUCAUAAAGAAGAAAAGGAAGAGGAAAAUAUAGAAGCACCGCCAAGGUUACCUCCAAGAAAAAGGUUGCCAAGCCAACCAUCAUCUACAAGAACACAGAGUAAUUUACCUGUAAGAACAGAUAGACGGACACUGCUGUCACCAAGAGUUCAAGAGCAGACCUCAAACAAAUCUGAGAGAACACAAUAUUCAGUCCCUAGCCAGAGUUAUAGGACUCCAAAUCAUCAACUGAAAAGUAAAGAAAACGAAUCAAGUUCUCUUCCAGUAAGAACUGAAAGGAGGUCAAGUCAGAUAGCAAAUAAAGACAAAAAUUUGACUUCUGUACGAAAGGAAAAUAGCUAUAAAUUGCAUUCAGAAAGAGGUUUGAUUCAGGAUACUAGAAUAUCCGAACAAAAAAGGGAUGCUAAACCACUAACAAGAACCAAUGUUACUCAACAUGACAAAAUCUGGGUAAAGGAUGAACCUAAACAUGAACCCGGAACACUUGUACCGCCUCUUCAGGACAUCACCCCUGAAACUACUGAAGAAUUGUGGAAUAAUUAUGAUCCCCUUGAUGCAUUAGACUCAGCUAGUGAUUCAUCAGCUGAUACGAUGAUUAUGAUGACCACGGAAGAAGAACAGCGGAAUGAUGAAAAAAUCCAAAAGAAUCAGAAAACAUUUGAGAAUACAAAAUCUGGAUCAACUAGUGAAUUGACUCCUACAAGGGAGACUGUAAAUCCUAUCGGAAUGCAAAAUGGUGGCAUUGGAAUGCAAAAUGGUGGUACACAAUAUCUUAAACAUUCUAAGGACAUUGAUUUAUCACCUAAAAGCUCUGAAGAAGAUGAUGGAUAUGGUACAAAUUCUAGUACAAGUACAAACUUUUCUUCUUCUUUGUCAUUGCUUGCUAAUGGUGAUCUAGAACAAAAACCACUUCAUGGUAUUUUAAAGAAAACUGGACGAAAUAUGCCAAACGGAAUAAAUACAAGUGCAAAUUCUUAUGUGUACAAUACCUCACAAAAUGGACAGUCUAAUACUACAUGGGCUGUGAAACGAAGGACAAAAAUGACAGAAUCACAAGAUAAUUCAUUACAGGAAAAAUUACGUCAACUUGCCAUUAUUGAAGAAGAAAAUACUCAUGAAGAAAAUCAGGAAGAUAGAUUAGGACCACUAAGAAGAAAUUCUGAUGCUGGAAGUUUCGGUUAUUCUUCUGACAAUGAUUCACAUUGGAAAUGUGUUGUUAAUUCUACACAAACAAGAGACAAUAGCCGUGUAACUAGAAGAGGUCGUCCCUCGUCAGAAGAGGAGGAAAAACAGGAAGAGGUGGUUCAAAAUGACUUAAAGAAAUUUGAAGGUGAAUUAUACGAUAAAUUAACAGACAUGGAUUUGAAUUACCGUAACUAUUAUGGAUUUGAUAAUAUGCAAAGUGAUGAAAAGGAUAGUUCAAAAGUGCUAUAUUUUCAAGAGAAAAUGAUUAAACAACAAUAUGGAGAAGACAAUUAUUACAAACCUAGUUCUUAUCAAAGUGCUUCAAAUCCAGUGGAUUAUUCUAGGACACAGACAUUGCCAACACAAUCGCAUGCUAGAAAUAUGCCUGAAUUAUGCCAGAGAGCAUAUUCACAAGAUCCACGGCACAUUCAAAACUAUGGAUUAACCAAUGGCUAUGAAAGUCAGAAUACCUCAUACCGAUCGCUUGUAUCAAAUAGUUCGGGACAUUUUUCUUCGCAGGACUUUAUUCAUGCAAGUAACGAUAAUAUAAGUGUACACUCUGGCCAUUCAGUGCCAGGAAACUUAUAUAAGACUAAAUAUGUGUCUGUGGACAAUAUCAAUCAAAAUGGGAAAAGGACCGUUUUUGCAAGUUCUGCUGAUAUAUAUAAUCUUUUUCAGAGUAAGGAGAAUUUAGCUACGCAACUUCAAAGACCUGCAUCAUAUCGUCAUAGUUUUCAUGCAGUGCCUGUUUCUGUGGCAUCAGGGAAAAGCGAUCCAAAUGAUAUUUUCAAUGAAAGGGACGAACCUCGUCCAAGGUCAUCAUCAACAAGUGUUUCUUCUAAAAAUAAAUCAUGGAAUCCAUUUGGAAGUUUAUUCGGGAAAAAGCGAAAAUCUUCCACGGGUGGAGAUAGUUCAAAAUCAACGGACAAAUCAUCUAAAAGUGGCAAUCAAGGUAAAACUAAAGAACACACUCACCAUGAUGUUUUAAUUCUAAAUAGACAACAAAUGAAUGAAACACCUGAAAUGUUGCCACGGCGACAACUUGUAGAAGAACAUGGACCAGUGGUGGCACCUGUCAUUAAGUCUUCAACACUUCCACGUCACACAUCAUCGGAUAAAGUGUUCCCAGAUAAACCAUUUAAAACUAUUGCCUUGUUUGAAGAGUCAGGUACUAAGUUGUCAACAUUGGUGUAGCAAAAUGUUAUGUAUAUAAUGAUAUUUAUGUGUAUUUUCGAAAUAUUUUUUUGUUGUACUAGCUGAGCAUAUAAAUAUCUUUUUAUAGCUAACCUUAUUUAUUUAUAUUUUUAAAUGUUAUGGUAUGUAAGGUUUAUUAAGUUACCAUAAAUUAUUUUAUUGGAUUUAAUUUACAAUUUAACUUUUAAAUAAUUUUUAAUCAUUAACAAGCAAAUUUUUAAUAACGAAUUAAAGAAAAAAUGAAAAAAAUUGAAAGAGUGAAAUGUUUUUAUUCAUAAAAAAGUAAAAUAAAGUUUAAGGGCAAAUAUGUCAAAUAUUCAGUUGUAAUUUGAUUGGCUAUAUUCAGAUUUGUUUGUAGAAACUGUCAGACCUUAGGUUUUUUUUCGAUAUUAAUCUUAAUUAGGGCAUAAGAGCAGAAUUCCUGGCCAAUUUAGAUGAUAAAGAUAAUAAAUGUCAAUUUGUAAUCUACUUAUAAAAACUAUUGCUUCUGGGAUAUCUGAUUCUUCAAAAUGUCUGAUGAACAUCUUUCAUGUCAACAAUCAUUAAAAAAAUAUGUCAUGUAGUUUUAAUGUCAUUGAACAAUGUUAUCGACUCAAAAAAUUUGGAAAUUCUUAAAUAUUCAAUAUCUGAAAUUGUCAAUAAUGACAUUCUUUGUCAUGAAUAAGGUAUUCCUUCACGAAAUUAUUAUAAUUAUAUUUCAUUAAUGAAGAUGGGAUUUGUCAUUUGUACUUGUGGUAACGUAUCAAAGGGAGCAUCUCAAAACAUAUUCCUUACAAAGUUGUGAAAACCCCUCACUCCCACUGAAAUGUACUCUAUAGAUUAUGAAAAUUAUUACAAUUUAGCCAUAAAUCAUCCGGAGUUGAAAAAUAAAUCAAAACAGAUACAUGUAUGAUGUAUUAGAUCUGCCGCCACCACACUAAAUUCAUGAAAUGAGAAAAGACAGUGAGAUAAGACGAGACAACCUCUGACGUCAGGUUCUCUCCGCUUACAUGUUUUGAGAUGCUCUCUACAAUAAAAGUUCCACAACAAGAUAAGUCAUCGUUAUUAACUGUCAAUAUAAAAAUGUCAUUGUGAUUUACGUGAUCGAUUGCUACUUUUAUAUUUCCUUCUGUCAUUAAGUAAUUUGUUAAGGCAUCUAAAUCUUUGAAUAAUUAUGUAAAGUGUCGUAAAAUUAUUGAAAAUAGUACAAACAAUUACUAAUGCUUUGUUUUUUAGCUGACAGUUGCACGAUACAUAUUUUUUUUAAAACCACAUUGUACAAUACAGACUUUAAACCAAAUUUUCGGGAAAUUUUUAUUGUGUUAUUGGUUCCUGUUCUAAGUACUCUUAGAAAUUCUACAAAAUAUUUUUGUAUUUGUCAUCUUUAUAAUUAAGGAGGAAAGAAAGGAACAAAACUUUUAUUAUUUGAUGUCAUCUAAAAAUCUAAAAAGUCAAAAGCUCACACAACUCACUAAUAUAAUUAUUGCUGGUCGGAGCAGAAAGAUUUAAUAAAUUUCAAAGAUUUGUUAUAAGGGAGAUAACUCUUGGUGAUUUAAAAUUCUUUUAUCUAUCAAUACUCUAUUGACGUUUCAUGUUCAUUCUCAUUUCGCAUUCAAUAGAGUAUAAAAGAAUAAAAAGGUUAUAAAAGAUUAAAAGGUGGCAUUAGAAUAACAUCAACAUUGCUUACAUUUUUGCCGAGAAUUUAUGUUAUUAAUUUUAUAUUAAUUCGUCAUUGUAGAUCAACAUUAUGGUCAUCUGUUUCUGAUUUGACCUCAGAGGCACAUUUAAAUUGCAUUUAAAACACCUGUCACUUUCAUUAAUGGCUUCAAGAUUUAAAUUUUAGUUGUCAUUAUUUCAUUAUAAUUUAUGCUAUUUGUCUCAGCAACAGAAAUUCGUUAGCAGCAGGUUUUUGUCAGAAUGUUGCUUCUCAGGGUUUAAUUUAUUUUUGUUAUGGCAUUUUCAUCCAGUUUAUAACCAAUUACAUACAAUAAGUUCAGGAAAUUUGUUUAUUUAUUUAUUUCUGUAAUAGUUGGAUCUUUUAGUGCAUUAGUGAUUAGGGCUCAUCUAUAGGGAAUCAUUUUAAAACAUGAUUUAAUAAGGUGAUAAUUUUGUACUCAUAAGAGACAUGAGAGAUAUAGACCAUUCUGCAUCGAUAUUUACCGGUAGCUACAUGUAUCAUUUUAACAAUUUACAAGUUAGGGCAAUGUUAAUAAGGGUUUUUUAAUGACUAAGUCUGUAAAACUAUUUGCAAUAUAUCAUCAAAGUUUUAUAAUUCAAUAUUAAAGAUAAUUUGCAUUUUCUAGCUUAAUUUAAUGUUGAGAAUAAGCAAAGCAACUUGAAAGAAAAAAUUAAGAAUAAUGGACUUUUAACUUUCCUAUGGCCAAAUUUUCUAUUUGUUUAUAGAAAUUUACUUUUUUAUAGGUUUCUUUUACCUGCCAACUUUUCAAAAUACCCAUGGGGGUUUUCCAUGCAAGAGAGCUGUUUAUACUAGUACUAAGAAACCUUCAAGUGGGCCUUUAAAUGUAUUUUAAUGUUGGGUUGUUUUUUUUGGCUUCUUCAUACUUUUAUAAGCCUAUAGCCAUUGUAAAAUUAACUGUUUUGUUUAAAAUUGUUGACAAAAGUUCUUUAUUAAAAAUUUCAAUUUGGGAGCUUUCAUGGGCAAAAUAAAUCUGCAGCAAAUAGGGGCAGUUGGCAGGUAUGGUUUCUUAUCCUAACUAUCCUGUCCUAAGUCUUUUAGACUGAAUCCUGGUUAGAUUAGUUGUAAGUUUGCCUUUAAAGUGUUGUACACAGGGAUUUGCUUGUGAGGUUUUAUUAAAUUGCAAUUUAACAAUA